GCUGUGUGGCUACCUCUUUCUCCUGCGCCCCUCCUUCCCCUUUCCUCCUCCUCCUCCUCCUCGUCCCUUAGCCCCUUCCCUUCCGAUCACACCACGAUGGAAAUGGAUGCUUAGAUAUACUUGGCAUAGAACAAGAAAGAAGAAGGGAGUAGAAGUGUGGAAGCAAAAUUUAGAUCUCCGUUGCACUAGCUAGCUUGCAGUACUACCACUUCAUAUGUACCGGGCACGACUAGAACUGGAAGCUUCUUUCAACUGUCCAUCCACUCAGGUUUAGUGGUUGCUUUCGAUUGCUACUGAAGCUUUGAACUAUUUGAGAGAUGUUACCUCAUCACCCAAAUAUCCCCCGUUAUCAUCAUCAUCAUCAUUGCGCCCCCCACCAAGAACCGCCAUUAUCAAACCCUACUACACUCCACAUGCCGCCGGUCUCGUCAUAUUCGGACGAAUACGUCCAGCUCUUCCCUGCCGAGAUGUACCAGCAGCACCACCACCACCAGCCGCAGCAGGAGGAGACCCUGGAAGCAGUGGUCUGGCAGCCGGUGACCGCUCCAGUUCUGGCGGAGCUUGAGGAGCCGGAGAAUAGCGCGCCAGGUGGUGCCGCUGUCGGGACGGCGCGGAAGCGGCCGUUCCGGACGGACCGGCACAGCAAGAUCCAAACGGCGCAGGGGGUGCGCGACCGGCGGAUGCGGCUGUCUGUCGGCGUGGCACGCGAUUUCUUCGCGCUGCAGGACCUGCUCGGUUUCGACAAGGCCAGCAAGACGGUGGACUGGCUUCUCACGCAGUCCAAGCCAGCCAUCGACCGCCUCUCCGACGCGGCGUCGGGGCCAACCGCGGCCGCGCCGAGAGCUGCUUCCGUCAAGGAGAAAGGGGACGCAGCGAGCUCCUCGAGCACUGACUGUUUCAGGGAUGCGAGGGCACAUGCGUGCGAGAGGACGAUGGAGAGGAUGCGAAGCGCAGGUGGAGAUGGCUCACCGAUGGUUCUCAUGGCUGACCACGGCGGUGGCGGCGAAGUAGACUGGAUCAUGUCAGAAGCCGCUGCGGCGGCGGCAAUAGAGCAGCCCAUGGAGGGAUUGGACUACUACUACCAUGAGUACUACCAGCUUGAGGAAAUGAUGAGUGCGGCAACAACAAAAGAUUACUGAUCAGUUAAGGUGAUUUCUUGUAUAUGCUGUUGCAUCAUAUGCAAAACAUGAUACCCAAAACGGUGAAGGCUUAUAUAUGGCUUGUUUAAUUAGGCCUUCCUCCUCAUGAUCCUAUGCAUGCUAGACAUUUUCUGGUUCUCUAUUAGAUAACCAAUACAAGUUGAAGAGUUUUGUAAA